UAUGAAUCAGGGAGUAAGUCUGGAUCGAAAACAAAGUGCUGCGAACCGACGAGCAAUAUGAAGCUCAAUACUUUAUCCGUUAUUCUUACGUGUGCCCCGUUACUACUCCUUCUCCAUGGAAGCUCAAGGUCAACCGCGCUCGCAUCGCCUUACGGUAGCAACGAUUCUGGCAGGCGCAUCAUGAACGGACAGCAAGCCAAUCCCGCAGAUUUUCCAUUUUUCGUGAAACUCGUCUCGGAUGGAAUACUAUGCGGUGGCAGCAUAAUAAGCAACUACUGGAUCGUCACUGCGUGUCACUGUAUAUUCAGGGCCAGAUGUCAGGCGAUAGAAAUAUACCCUUCGAAUUCGCAGCGUGGUCAGCCGCCGCCGAUACACGCUGCACAAUGCGUGAUCCACCCCCAGUAUGACCCAACACGGCACGCCUUCGACAUCGCCCUCAUAAGAACCGUGGAAGACAUGGUCAGUGGUGGACUUAAAGCGAUCACCCUUACGCCACCAGGCACCCGUUACCCUCCUGGCACCCCGGCCACCAUCGUGGGCUGGGGAAAGAUAGGAUACAACGCAUAUCCCCAAACUCUUUUACGCGGACAGUCGGUCCUUGUGCCCUGGGACGUGUGCAAUGCCCAGUACAAGACUGGUUCGAAUCGUUGCAGAGGCAACCCGAACUGUGAAAAUAUACCGAACAGAAUAUUGUGCGCCCAGGGCCAAGGGUCAGCUCCGCAAAGUGGUUGUGGCGGGGAUUCUGGAGGACCUUUCAUUAUUAACGGGAAUCUAGCAGCGAUCAACACGGCUGCAAUAUACACCAGUCGCCCCACGUUCAGUGCAGGAUGUAUGCUUGGGAGUGCGACGAUGCACACCAGUAUCGUUGACUAUCUACCAUGGUUAUUUUCUCUUGUUGACCCUAGCGUCAAUACGGCAGGGUUUCCAGUAGCUCCAGAAUCCGGCAACACUUUAGUCAUCGAAAGCUGAGGUAUAUUUCCGGACCGAUUAUCAAGGCGGCAACGGGUGAUGUGGAACAAAUAAAAAUCUGAUUAGUGGAUGGCUUUUAACAUUUUCCACUUUUACACACGAUGAUGGGUUUACUUUGGUCAAUCAAAUAAAUACAUGGAAAAAUUC